AUGGAAUUUAUUUUAUCGGUUAUUGGAGGUUUAAUUUUAGUAAUUUGCGUUUUAGUGAGAGUAGCUUUUUUAACUCUUUUGGAACGUAAGGUUUUAGGUUAUAUUCAGAUUCGUAAAGGCCCUAAUAAGGUUGGUUUAAUAGGUAUUCCUCAACCUUUUUGUGAUGCAAUUAAGUUAUUUACUAAGGAACAAACUUAUCCCCUUUUAUCAAAUUAUAUCUCUUAUUAUUUUUCUCCUAUUUUUUCUUUAUUUUUGUCUUUAGUUGCUUGGUUGUGUAUUCCUUUAUUUGUUAAAUUAUUUUCUUUUAAUUUAGGGUUGUUAUUUUUUUUGUGUUGUGCUAGAUUGGGGGUUUAUACUGUUAUGGUUGCUGGUUGAUCAUCUAAUUCUAAUUAUGCUUUAUUAGGGGGACUACGUGCUGUUGCACAAACAAUUUCUUAUGAAGUUAGAAUAGCGUUGGUGUUGUUAUCUUUUGUUUUUUUAAUUGGUAGAUAUAAUAUUUUAGAUUUUUUUUAUUAUCAAAAAUUUGUUUGGUUUUUGGUAAUUUUGUUUCCUAUAAGAUUAGUGUGGUUUUGUAUUUGUUUGGCUGAAACUAAUCGAACUCCUUUUGAUUUUGCUGAGGGUGAAUCGGAAUUGGUUUCUGGGUUUAAUAUUGAAUACAGAAGAGGGGGGUUUGCUUUAAUUUUUAUAGCUGAAUAUACUAGAAUUUUAUUUAUAAGUAUAUUAUUUUGUGUUAUUUUUUUGGGGUGUGAUUUGUUUAGUAUUAUAUUUUAUUUAAAGUUGACUUUUAUUUCAUUUAUGUUUAUUUGGGUUCGAGGUACUUUACCUCGGUUUCGUUAUGAUAAAUUGAUAUAUUUAGCUUGAAAGAGUUUUUUACCUUUUUCAUUAAAUUUUUUGUUAUUUGUAAUUGGGUUUAAAUUAUUGUUGAUUUAUUAUAUAUGGU